CCUCCUCUUCACGAGGCGAGUAUCCUAUCGCCCUUGGGUCCUCCGUCAAUUUCGGGUCGUCUUCCUCCUAGGUUUCCGGUCAAACCGCUCCCAUGCAGGUGCGUUAGUCGACAUGACCCUUACCGCUACACCGAGUCCCUCAGAGGCUGGCGGAGGAUACGCAACGCGGAGAGGCCAUGCGUCCCACCUGUCGAUUAGUGACCCGAGUCACCAUGUCACGGAGGCCAUUGGUCAUAUGUACGACGAUGAUUACGACAAAAGGAACUCCCAGCGCCUCAGCUAUAUUUCCUCACCUUUGAGCGAAUCGAUCUCAAUAAUUCCCCCGAAUCUUGCCGGCGCUGCAUCCCCUACCUCACCGCAGUCGAUACAAUUGCAGAACCAUUUAAAUGCAGUCAACAAUCAUCAUCCCGUGAACGGACAGUCCCGGCCGCCCACUGAUGGGGCCACUUCUUUGAAUAGGGAAAGUAGCAGUCCGGGAUCACCUACCUCAACCACAUCUCCUGGAUCAACAGACACCGCCACCACAUCUUUCCCCCUCAACGAUAUCGACUACGAGUCUGACCCUGCUGCUGUGGCCCAAGAACUUAACAAUCUAGCCGCCAUCCGACGAAUGUCCAUGGAUGUAGCUGCCACGGGCGACCCCGACCUUCCGAGCUUCAACUCCGAUUUCUCCGUACCACCCUCCCCCUCCGCCGACGAAAAUGACGCUGCUCGAUUAUUUUGGGUUCCUGCACGCCUGCAUCCGGAAUUAGCCCCCAAGGAGUUCAAAUCAUUCCUCGAAAGUAAGACGGAACAAAUAAAGCGGAGAUCUGGCGACUUUAACUCCCUAGGGCCGGAACGCCAAGGGUCAACCGGAGGUCUUAGGCGGAAAAAGUCUAUGUUGUCUAGACAAAUUGACAAUUCACAUGGCUAUACAGAUGGCGCAGAACGGUUAGAGCGAAAACGAUCUCAGUCGAGAAGGGAUCCUCUGACCCCUAAUCUACAAGAAUUGGAGACCUUGGUAGAUAACUCUAAGCCGCGAAGUACGAGUCCUGUUACAUUGUUAAAUGAAAUUCAGAACCUCGGAAUCACGGCAGACGAAGACAGGCCAAUCCUUCCACCUGCGCCCCUGGGUCACAGUCUUAGACGAUCCACGAGGACGCAAUACAGAAAGGCGGGAAGUUUGAAGAAGGGUGAAAAGCUCCCCUAUUCCAAGCGAUUCGCAAAAACCUCCGAUGUGAAGGAGGGCGCCUCAUCAACUGCCAAUUCCUUUGGUGAGCAGGCGACCUCUGGUCUCGCUCGAGUGUCAACCGAUCCCACUCCCAGCAUAACCCGAAAUCAGGCCUCGGGGAUACCAGCUCAGUCCGCAGCGUCACCGUCUAACGAAACAACCAGCUCCGCGCUUGAAUCUGUCUCGGACCAGCUGCAGUCUGGAAACGACCGGCCAAGUGAGCCCUCAAUGGUGGAAUCCGGGGGCAAGACAAAUACAUCCUCCCAGACACGUCAGUGGCACUCGCGCCUCAGCUCAAACGGGCGGUCAACUUUGAACAUUCCACCUACAGAACAAAAAAUUCCAGAAAUCAUCGAAACUCCUCCGCCGGAAACUAGCGCAGCACCUACGACCCCUACCUUACUGCCAAGUGCCACUUCUGGGCGCGGAUUAACUCAGGACUCCCCAUCAUCCUCGGCUUCGCCCGCGAAGGGAUCAGGUAAUUACGAUCAAAGUUCAAGCAAAUGGUCACUACACAACCGCAUGCAUAGCAGGGACAGCGCGAGUACCCUUAGUGACUUCGCCAACAGUCCUCAGGCUCUACCGGGCAAUAGCACCCGGACAGAUAGUCUUUCGUUUAUUCCUACCUUGUCAGAGGAGCGCAAGCCGGAACCGAAGAAAUCGAAGGACAAGAAGGAGUCAGAAGGUACCCGCAAGUCGAGCUGGCACUGGCUGUUAGGCAGCGAGGAAAAAGAUAAGGACAAGGAUAAAGAAAAGAAAAAGGACAAGGAGAGCGAUGCUAAGAAGAUAAAAGCCAAACUGGUUGAUAAAGUCCAUGAAACAGCAAAUGCUCUCCCGUCUUCUAACGAUUCAGGGCAACGUGGACGUGAAAGCCUUGUAUUGGACCGGCUCGACCCUAAAUUGGAAGAGGAACGUCGAAAGGACCAUGUUAGAAGGACCUCGGGAGAGUCGAAGAAAGAGAAGGAGUCCGGCUUGUUCUCUUCAUUAUUUGGAGGUGGCAAGAAAAAGAGCAGCACUGAUAGCAAUCAUAAGAAAAGCUCAUCUCGGACCUUGUCUCCUGACCCGCCACCACGGGAACUUCGACCUGAUGUUGAUUAUCCUUGGACCCGUUUCACCAUUCUGGAAGAGCGAGCUAUUUACAGAAUGGCCCACAUCAAGCUUGCGAAUCCCCGACGCGCGUUGUACUCCCAAGUUCUGCUCAGCAACUUCAUGUAUUCGUACUUGGCCAAGGUACAACAAAUGCAUCCUCUAAUGCUCGCUUCGUCAGCAUCGCAGAGACAUCAGAAGACAAGGGACCAACAGGACGAUUAUUCCGGAUAUCAGCAAUACCAAGAGGCCCAGAUGCAGCACUACAGCGAUAGUUCCUACGAUGAUCCCCAAAUGUAUGAAUAUGGUGAUGACUCCCAUGAUGCUUAUCGACAGCAUACACGUGGUAGCAAAAAUGGCUAUGAAAACGGGCAUGCCUACGGUCCCGGACAUUAUCAGUAUGGAAACUCGACAUUCGGUGAUGAUGUCCAGCUAGAUGAUGACGAUGAUGAUAUGUGGUGACAGGAAAGAGGAGUAUCCUGUCCUUUUUCUUAUUUCUCCUGCAGCACAUUUAAAUACCCCUGCUUUGUCGGCCCCCGUCUCUC